AUGCAUCUUCAACUUGGAGAGGUUUCUACUAUUGUCAUUUCAUCCACUGAGUUUGCUAGGGAGGUGAUGAAAACCCAUGAUAUUCACUUUGCAACAAGGCCUCAAAUCCUAGCUACAGAAAUAAUGUCUUACAACUCCACAAAUAUAGCUUUUUCUCCGUAUGGUAAUUAUUGGAGACAGUUACGAAAAAUCUGCACAUUGGAGCUUUUAAGCCUUAAAAGGGUCAACUCGUACCAACCAAUACGAGAAGAGGUUUUCUCCAAUCUUGUCAAAACGAUUGCUUCGCAGAAUGGAUCACCCUUCAACCUUACUGAAGCUGUAAUUUCUUCAAUAUACACAAUUGUUUCAAGGGCCGCCUUUGGCAAUGAAUGCAGAGACCAAGAAAAAUUUAUAUCGGUGGUAAAACAAACACUAAAGAUUGCAGGAGGUUUUAACUUGGGAGAUUUGUUUCCUUCUUCUAAAUGGCUUCAACAUGUUACUGGUAUUAGGCCUAAGCUUGAGAAGUUUCAUCGACAAAAUGAUGAGAUGUUUGAAAACAUCAUCGAUGAGCAUAAAAAGGCAAAGUACACAAACGCCCAAGGUAAGGUAGUAGAAGAUCUGGUAGACAUUCUCUUAAAAUAUGAGGAUGGUAGUGACCAAGAUUUCUUCUUAACAAAAGACAAUAUCAAGGCUAUAAUCUUGGACAUUUUUGGUGCUGGAGGCGAGACAUCAGCAAGCACCAUAGAUUGGGCGAUGACAGAAAUGAUAAGAGAUCAACGAAUAAUGAAGAAAGCACAAGCUGAGGUGAGAGAGGUUUUCAAAAUGAAAGGAAAGGUUGAUGAAAAUUACAUCCCCGAUCUCAAUUAUUUGAAAUCAGUCGUCAAAGAAACCCUUAGGUUCCACCCUACAGUACCUCUUUUGCUACCAAGAGAAUGCGGUCAAGCAUGUGAGAUAAAUGGUUAUCACAUACCAAUUAAAAGUAAGGUGAUAGUCAAUGCUUGGGCAAUUGCAAGAGAUCCAAACUACUGGACUGAACCAGAGAGAUUCAUCGACAGCGCUAUUGACUAUAAAGGAAGUAAUUUUGAGUACAUUCCCUUUGGUGCCGGAAGAAGAAUAUGCCCAGGGAGUACAUUUGGUUUGAGAAAUAUUGAGCUGGCCCUCGCGAUGUUGUUGUAUCAUUUUGACUGGACGCUUCCUGAUGGAAUCAGAAGUGCAGAACUAGACAUGACUGAGGAAUUUGGAAUCGCAAUGAGAAGAAAAGAUGAUCUUUUACUGAUUCCACUUAUUCAUCAACCUUUGAAUGUCACAUGA